AGUUGAUAGUACCUAUUUCGUCGGAAAUUAUUCAUUGUCUUGGAGUCUUGGUUUCAAUAUGAGUUGUUUUUUGUUGAAAGUUCUGUUCCUAUGUGUUUUUAUUUUGGGUCCUGGUGAUGCAACUAGGGAUCAAGGAAUCAUAGAUAAUCCUAAGAGUGGAGGGAAAUUCGAAAGGAAUACCAAGACUGUCUGCAACUCAACUAGCUGCAAAGACAUCACUUCUCAACUACUUUUUUUGAUGAACCAUGACGUGGACCCUUGCGUAGAAUUUCCGGAAUAUGUUUGUGGCAAUCAAGGUUCUCUUAAAGACCCUUUUUCUGAUAUUUUCGAGUCAUUCGAAAUAUUUCUGGGAUCCAAUGUGACCGAUAAAUCCGAAAAAUACCGCAGAGAUUUCCGUGAUUUUUAUCAAAGCUGCUUGCAUUUCCAGAAAGACUUUGGUUUUUUGGACACACUUGAAUUCUUGUUGAAGCAAAAUUAUAGCAGUGUGACAGAUAUUUUGAUAGAGGUGAUUUUGAGACAGUCAUUCCCAUUUUUCGAAAUCGGUCUGGAUAUCGAUGUGGAUACAGCAAAAUAUGUAUUCCAGAUAACGUUACCUGGUGAAAGUGUAUUGAAAACAAAUACUGAUGGAUGGUCUCUACGAGAGCAAAUAAAGAAUCAGUGUCGAGAUAAUUUGCAAGAUUCUUUGAACAGCAAUGAGAUGAAUUUAAAUGAGAUACAUGCUGAUUUCAGGAAAUGUGAAAACGAAAUGUUGAGAAAAUAUAUCGAAAAUUAUGGUAAAAACAUGAAAUUUGUUCUGAAUAUCAAUGAUACGGAGGAUUUAUUGACAGAACUAUUAGGCCAUCAACAGGCAAUUCAAGUACCUGAAGAAGAAAUAUGGCAAGCUAAGAUUCACGAAAACUUCACACAGAUAACGAUAACUGAGAUGAACAACAAAUAUGACAUGAUCAAUUGGACUCAGUUUUUUGAAGGAAUAACAACAAAUACAACAUUUUCAGGAAACGAAAUUGUUCAUGUAUAUUUUCCAGACUACUUGGAGAAAGUUUUCAUUUUCUUCAAAACCCUCGAAGAAAGGAAGUUGAUAAGGAUGCUUCAGGAGUUCUCCAGCUUAGAGCUCUACAAAAACCUCCUUCAACCUUAUGGAAAUACCAAAAGAGCUUUCUGCAUGAGCCUAGUUUCACAACUGAUGCCAGAUGUCGCCAGUAUCAUCUUCUACGAUAAAAAUCCCAUCCACAAAACCUUUUCCUCUGUGUUCCAGACCAGGAACUUGUUCAACAAGUUGAAAAAUCAGCUGAACGAAUCUAUAGAACAGUCGACCCUCGAUGAAGAUUCCAAAUUGGCCUUCGAGCAUAAAUUGGGGAAGUUGGAGUUGGGACUGAUACCUUCUGGAAACUUCAACGCAACUAAGGACAAUUACAGGGACCUCAGCAUCGGACCUGAUUUCCAGGAAAAUCUAGUUCGAGUAAUGAGAAACUAUAGGAAAAUAAUAUUUUCUCAUGUCGGAACGAAAGCAUCGGCUGCUUCAUUGUUGAACUACUUCGUUAGCCCCUUCCAAGAUAUACCCAAAACUUUUUAUACCAGUGACACGAUAGUCCUUCAUCCGGGCAUAUUCAGUAGAGUUCCAUCCGAUCUUCCAGACUAUAUCAUAGUGGCAAAGCUUGGACUACUCAUGUCUCAAGAAAUUCUUCGACAUUUCGAUCCAACAGGACGUCUUUUCAUGACUAAUGGCGUUCGAUCCAGCGAUGAAAAAUACAAGGUUUUGGUUGAGAGUACGAGGAAUUUGAUGAACAGUUUUUACCUGAAGAAUCCUAUCAACUACCACCAAAAGACAGUGCAUUUGCAGAAGAUAAAUGGAGAUCAUUUGUUGAAUGAACUGAUAAGUGAUAAUGCAGCCUUCAGGUUGCUCACUGACUAUUAUGGAACACUUGGUGAACAAAAACAGAUGCCUUGGAUUCGUGAUGGCUUUACAGCAGAACAAGUAUUUUUGAUAGCUGCGACACAAGAGUUCUGUGGAAUAUACUCGGAGGUCGACUUGAUGCGAGAUCUUCUCGAAAGAGGACGCUUGCCGUUCCCGAUCAAAAUCCAAAAUAUGGUCAGCAAUUCGGCAUUUUUUGCCGAAUCCUUCGAAUGUCCUGUAGGAUCAGAAAUGAGCUUUCCGCCGGAAUUGAUGAUCCAGUUCCCGUAUAUCCCAGAAAUCGAUGACGACAUGAUCGAUAACUACGAACAAGGGCCGAGUGAUGAUUACUAUGAUCAAAAGGACACAACAUAAACAAACAAAUAAUAAUUGAUUCAGGAUUGUCUUCAGUUGCUGCCAAAUAUUAUUAAAACCAUAAUUAUUGUCUACUUGAAAAAAUUUGUUUUUUCACCAUACUAGCUAUACAGGGUGGUCCGGUUUGUAAUACAAAAAACUCAACAGUUUGUUGUACUCGUUGAAAUAAUAAAAGUGCAAACCUCAUUCUCGUGGAAAAUCACUAUCUUUGCGUGCUCAUUAAACAAUAUACUGUUGCGAAAUAGAUCUUAUUCGAUUCUUGGGAGAUGUUCGGUGUCGAAAACUGCACUUUGAAUAUUAAUUCUGCUUAUACAUCAUGAGAUCACCUUUUCAAGGGCAAUCCAGAAAUGAAUGUAAUUUCCUCCUGAAAAGGACCGAAUCGACCACCCUGUAGAGAGUAUGUACUUGAUAUUGGUGAUCUAGAAAUGACAUAGUUAUUAUUGUUAUACAGGGUGUUUCAAAAAAAACCUGACCCUCUUACUAGGGUAGGUAGAACACUGCAAAAUAAGUUGAGUUUACUCAGUAAAAACAUUUCGUAACGGCAUCCGUUAUCAAGAUACAAGGUGUUGAAAAAAUGAUUUUUUUACAUAUUUUUCACGAUUAUGUCGAAACUACUGGCAACAUUGUGAUGAAAUUCUGUAUGGAUGUUUCUUGAAAUCUGACACAUCGCAUGAAUUUGUUUUUAUAUUCGACUCUCAUAGAGGGCGAACUUGAACAUCAUUCAAUUUCACACCAAAAAGGUACUCUUGGGGAAACUCGAUACUGUGUUCCUUUCUCGGAAUAUUUCGAUUUGAAAAUGAUGAAGUGAUAACUGUUGCUGGUAUAAAGCGAUGUAUUAGAGUGAGUAUUAUGAAAAAUUAUCACCUAUUUAUUGAAAACCAAAAACAACAAUACAUUUCUGAUGCUGAACUUAUUGAUUUAACAAUGAAUCACAAGAAUAACAUCGAAACAGAUUUGACUAAGAACAUGGAUUACACAGUUUUGUUGUAUCUUGAGCAGUAAGUCUAUGCUACAUAGGUAAAUUCACGUCAAGAGUUGUAAGACAUAAUUGAACAUCACUUAAAUGACCUAACAGCUGAUCCUCAACUGUUAAGAAGAAUAAUACAUUCUUAAGAAAAGAAUUUAUAGAAUCGUGUGUUCGUCGAAACGUAGGACAUUUUGAACACUUACUCUAACUGAUUCAAUAUUUCAUGUUUCUAGUCAAAUAUCUCCUUAAUUUUCUACUUAUGAUUCUUUGUUCCAUCAAUAACUUCAGCACAAGAAUAAUUUUAUUGUUUUUGAAUCUAAAUAAAUAGGUAAUUGAACUCAAUAAAAUUAAUUUAAUACCAGCAUCAUAACUACUCCAUUAUUUUCAAAUAGAAAUAUUCCGAAAACGGAACAUAGUAUCGAGUUUCACCAGAGAGUCGAAUAUAAAAACAAAUUCAUGCAUUGUGUCAGAUUUCAAGAAACCUCCAUACAAAGUUUCAUUACAAUAUUGCCAGUAUUUUCGACAUAAUCGUGAAAAAUGUGUGGAAAAAUCAUUUUUUCAACACCUUGUAUCAUGAAAACGGAUGCCGUUACGACAUUUUUUCACUGAGCAAACCCAACUUAUUUUGCAGUGUUCUACCUACCCUAGCAAGGGGGUCAGGUUUUUUUGAAACACCCUGUAUAUCGGUUUGUUAUCGAGAUAUAUGGCAGUGGAGUUAUAUUUUUUGUAUUGAAAACUGCAAAAAUUAUAUCAACGAUAUUGAAACAUUUGAGGUUUUCGAUGAAACUUAACCUCCCACAAUCUCGAGAAUAAACUGUGUUCAAAGCAUGUAUUUAUUGAAAGUUCAUCUAAGUAUAUUGUUCAAUCAAUUCCUAAAAUAAAGGUUAUUAAAACGCUCCAAGAAAGUGAUUUUUGAUAGAUGAUGAUGUUCGGGUUCUUUUCGUCAAUUGCAUUUAGCUCUCAACCAUGGUAACUCCUCUUUUAAUAUGCAACUUCAAUGAAACUUGACUGUUUCACAUUCCAAUCAAAUCCCAAAAAUUGGCAAGUCAUUGUGUUGAGGAGUUUAUCACUUUAUAUUAGGUAACCCGAAAUUACCCAUCCUAAUAUUUGAACUACCAACUGAUAUAAACUUAUAUCUUGGGAACUUGAUUUCUUAGGGCAUAUAGAAUCAUC